AUAAUUUUUUUUUAUUUUCUUGAUAUAAAAAUAAUUUUAUGAUAUUAUUAAAUAAAAUAAAUUAAUUAUAUAUUUUUAUUAAUUUUAUAAAUUAUAAUUGUAAAUGCAAAUGCUCUUUUAAAAACUUCAUUUGAGAGCAUUGGUCAGAGAUCAUUUGGAGAGCAUUAGCAUUUAGUAAAUGUUUUUUUAAAUGCUUUUCUAACAAUUGUUAAUUGGAUAAUAUAAAACAUAAUGCUAAUGUUAAUGCUCUACCAAUCAAGGUCUUAAUCAUAUUCCUGGGCUAAGCAUGUACUGUUUAGUUGUAUUUGACUUGCGUGCGUAGGGAAAAUCCGCAUUAAGAGUCUUUCAAAAUAAUUUCUCAAAAAUCAAAUAACUUAUCUCAAAGUUUUUUGUUUGGAAAUUCUGCCAUGAAUCUUUUCAAAUUCUUAAAACUUUUUUAAAAAGUUACUAUAAAGUUACAUGGAUCAUACAUACGUCAUACGUGAAAGUGUGAAAUCUUUUUCUCGUUUACAUAGAGUUGUAAGAGAAGCUAUUUUCUAAUAUGGUUUCUAUUUCAGGUAUGACUUAUUUAACUGCCAUAAACAAUUCAAGCAUUGCGUAAACAGACUAAGCAGAACAAUCAAACAAUAUUCUAAUGGCACAAAAAUUGGCUUUUAAACCAAAUGUCCUUACCAACCGUCUACAGUGGAAUCGAUUAUUUUCUUCAGUAAAAUAGGUAAUUAUUGAACUCUUUGUUUCAUUCAUGUUGAACAUGUGAUUAUGCUAUGAAUUCAAUGUCACUAUAACUAACAUAUGAAUGAUCUUGUGCAGGUAAUAUUUUUAAACAUCUGGUGCCAGGAAAGGCAGCAGUGGUGAAGGUGAAUUUUGCUCGGACACAAAGGAUGGCCUUGGAACCAAAGUUGGCAUAUUCAUAAACAAAGAAGAUCUAAAGUGUCUGCCACUUUAAACUAAAACAUGAGUCUAUCUCUCUCUGACACACACACAAAUAUCAAUACUCAUUUGAGGGAUGAGAAUUUUGUUGUUGUUGUUACCAUAAGCCCCUCGUGGUCAUCCAAUAAGAGUAUCUCAAAUGGUAAACUUUAUCUUUUUUUCAAAAAGUUUUUAAAUAAAAAAUGAAACAACACAUUUUCCUAUGUUUUGUUUCAUUUUUUUUAUAAAAAAUAAAUUAAACAUAUUCCAUCACCACUUUAUGAAUAAUUAUUAAUUAAAUUUUAUAAUUUUUUAAAUUUAUUAAUUUUACCCAACUGUUUUGUUUUAAAACUAUCCGACACAAUUACUAUUUAUUAUAGGUUAAACAUUAUCAUAUGAUACAAUUACUACACAACAUAAAUAAACAAAUAACAUUACACUUAAUAAAGAAACAGCAAGUAUAUUUAAGUAAAAGUAACACUUAGCAUUUAUAUUCGACACAAUUCUUCGCUAUCAACAUCUAUUAGAUAAAAAUAAUAAUAAAAUUUUGAAAUUAAAUGAGUGAUACUUAUAACUUAUUUAAAUAAAAAUAACAGCAAGUUAAAGUUAAUGAUUAGUUUGUAAUUAAAAAGUUCAUCUUUAAAAAUGAAGAAUAUAACAUCAUAACUGUUAAAUAUUCAAAUUUUGAAGAUAUGAAAAAAUGAAAUAUCACUAGAAAAGAAAACAGAGAAAAGUGAAAUAUGAAACACAAUUGAAAAUACUCUAAAACUUAUUCUUUGCGACUUUUAUUAAACUUUGACUUCUCAUCACUAACCAGCAAGUUCUCUGAGUCAUAUUCUAUCUCACUCAAUCUUAACAACAUCCAUUAGACCGAGCAUUACUAUAACUUAUAUGGACUUGAAUCUGAUAGGUGCAUUAGUUGUUCAUUUGAUCUUAGCUAGUCAAUAUAUUGCAUGAGAAAACUUAGUUCAUACCAAGGCCACCACAAGUGUUGACAAUCUCGCCAUAGGUACGUAUAACACUCAACUUACUCCCGAAUUCAAAGAUACUUUUCACAACAAACCUUGAAUAAGGUGUCAUCGAUUCAAUGUCAAUUCCUUGAAGAUUACAUCGACUGCUUCAUCACGACCCAGUCGAUACGCCUUAUCGUAUAGCUUCCUGAUCAGAUCUUUCAUGAUCCAUGGUGAUGGCGUGGAUGCCCUUCUUACCAAACUCAACUCCACUAUCUUCAAGAUAAUUGUCUCAAAAGUUUUGGACAGGGCCGCUGAACAUGAAAAACAUGAGUUUUCAGUUCAUGUAUUGCGUGAAUGCAGGUACUCUUUUACUCUUCUAUUCUUCUUUUUAUUUGUUGUGUUUGAUGUUCAUGACUGAUUGUUUCAGGUUACUAGUGAAGAAGAUGUAUGUAACAAUGCAAUAAAUACAUUGUGAAUGCAGGUAUUAAUUUCAUUAAACUUCUAGUCUUAUCAUAAUGUUGUUUUGAUGAACAUUAUUUGGUUUGUUUAUUUCAGGUACAUACUAUAUUACUGAAGAAGAAUACAUACUGGACAUUUCUCUUAUGUGUUUUGUGAUUUUGUAAAUAACAACAAAACGAAAGUCAUUUCAUUUCUAAAGGAUAGUAUGUUUCUUCUCUCCUCUGUAUCCUUGUUAGCUUGUUGAAUGGUCUCUCAGUCUCGGUUGGUCUUUUAGUGCUUCAACUUUGUUCUGUUUCGAUUUCCUAGGUAGCAUACUCUGUUUAUAUUCGACACAAUUCUUCGCUAUCAACAUCUAUUAGAUAAAAAUAAUAAAAAUUUUGAAAUUAAAUGAGUGAUACUUAUAUUUCAUUUAAAUAAAAAUAACAACAAGUUAAAGUUAAUGAUUAGUUUGUAAUUAAAAAGUUCAUCUUUAAAAAUGAAGAAUAUAACAUCAUAACUGUUAAAUAUUCAAAUUUUGAAGAUAUGAAAAAAUGAAAUAUCACUAGAAAAGAAAACAGAGAAAGUGAAAUAUGAAACACAAUUGAAAAUACUCUAAAACUUAUGCUUUGCGACUUUUAUUAAACUUUGACUUCUCAUCACUAACCAACAAGUUCUCUGAGUCAUAUUUUAUCUCACUCAAUCUUAACAACAUCCAUUAGACCGAGCAUGGUUAUACUAUAACUUAUAUGGACUUGAAUCUGAUAGGUGCAUUAGUUGUUCAUUUGAUCUUGGCUAGUCAAUAUAUUGCAUGAGAAAACUUAGUUCAUACCAAGGCCACCACAAGUGUUGACAAUCUCGCCAUAGGUACGUCUAACACUCAACUUACUCCCGAAUUCAAAGAUACUUUUCACAACAAACCUUGAAUAAGGUGUCAUCGAUUCAAUGUCAAUUCCUUGAAGAUUACAUCGACUGCUUCAUCACGAACCAGUCGAUACGCCUUAUCGUAUAGCUUCCUGAUCAGAUCUUUCAUGAUCCAUGGUGAUGGCGUGGAUGCCCUUCUUACCAAACUCAACUCCACUAUCUCCAAGAUAAUUGUCUCAAAAGUUUUGGACAGGGCCGCUGAACAUGAAAAACAUGAGUUUGCAGUUCAUGUGUUGCGUGAAUGCAGGUACUCUUUUACUCUUCUAUUCUUCUUUUUAUUUGUUGCGUUUGAUGUUCAUGACUGAUUGUUUCAGGUUACUAGUGAAGAAGAUGUAUGUAACAAUGCAAUAAAUACAUUGUGAAUGCAGGUAUUAAUUUUAUUAAACUUCUAGUCUCAUAAUGUUGUUUUGAUGUACAUUAUUUGGUUUGUUUAUUUCAGGUACAUACUAUACUACUGAAGAAGAAGACAUACUGGACAUUUCUCUUAUGUGUUUUGUGAUUUUGUAAAUAACAACAAAACGAAAGUCAUUUCAUUUCUAAAGGAUAGUAUGUUUCUUCUCUCCUAUGUAUCCUUGUUAGCUUUUUGAAUGGUCUCUCAGUCUCGGUUGGUCUUUUAGUGCUUCAACUUUGUUCUGUUUCGAUUUCCUAGGUAGCAUACUCUGUUUAUUGCCGCUCUGUCUAGUUUUUUUUAUGAUCUUCUUUGUUUGUCAUCUCCUUCCUGCCUUGUUAUCACCGGAUAUGUUUCUUUGACCAUCCUGUUUUGCAAUGUGUCUUGGUUCAUUGUCUGGUUCAGUCGUCGUGGUGAUGUCUCCUUGAAGCUUUCGGUUGUUUUAGCCCAGCGUUUUGGUGCUCUUCUAUUAGCUCUUGUCAAGUUCGUUUUGUGAUGUAAGGUUGACCUCUCAUGUGCUUAACUUUAUUUUGUUUUUCUUGUGUCCGGCUUAUUUGGAUGCUGAUGAAUGAGGCUUACUUGUUCUUUAAGUUUUUUGGGGGAAGCGUUAUGUCUUCAAAGGGGGUCCUGAGAUGCUCAUGAAUGACGCUUUCUUGUUCUUUAAGUUUUGUGGGGGAAAUGUUAUGUCUUCUAAGGGGUCUUGAGCUUUUGUUGAAGGUUAGUUAGUCUAUAUGUCAUGUGGUCUAGUGGACCGUCGACUCUGGUGGGUUGGCAGCAGCAAAACGAUAAUGCACACAUCACAUGCACCCGUACUUAGACAAUGUGCACUAGUUACCAUUUCUAUUAAAUUUAAGGUUUCGUUAGAGCUAAAUUUCGGUGAUGAUAAAUUGAUAAUACCGUUAUGCAUUUUGGAUGAUCAUAAAAUAGACUUGUGACUGAAAUUGUGGACUAUAAUGACGUAGUGAGACUUCUUAUGAUACCAUAAUCUCUUUUUCUUUGAACGUUUUAUACCUCACCAGUGAAAAAAAUCACGAAUUAUAACUUGGGUCAAGUUCGUUUCUUUUUACCUAUUUUCAACAUUUUGCAUGUAUUGCCGAUCAAAAUUUUAUUUUUGACCAAAAUAUUUUUAUAUUUAGUUGCUCAGAAAAAUUAUAUAUCUAGUCAGUCUACCAUGUGUUUACGUAUUAUAAACACAUGUGUUUUAUUGGUACAUAUGGCUAUUUUAGUUGUGAGUGGUCGUAAAUUAUGAAAAGAAAAUGAUAAAGUAGUAGAAAUAAAUAUGGUGAUAAACACGUAAUGGCUCACUCUAUCCCAAAGCUUCUUUAAAUAGCCGAACAUGUUAUAUUCUCUCUUGUAUCCAACUAAGUUGCACUACACGUCAACAAACUCAAUACACACUGAUUUUGCAAGUACAUACAAAAUUUCUUUUAAAGGUUUUUUUACACACGAAGUAUUCCAAAAUGGCUAGGGUCCAAGGUCUAGUUCUUCUUGGUUUAUUAGUAGUGUCAAGUUUAAUUAUGUUAACCGAGGGCCAGAGCCGAGUCGCAAGAAAAGACUUGGGGCUUGACCUAGGUGGGAUUGGGGUCGGACUGGGCGUUGGAUUGGGGAUUGGUAUUGGCGCCGGGUCAGGCUCUGGUGCUGGUGCUGGUGCAGGUUCAUCAUCUAGUUCUAGCUCUAGCUCGUCGUCAAGUUCGAGUUCUAGUGGUUGGGGUGAUCGAUCGGGAGCCGGCUCAUCUGCUGGUUCAUUUGCUGGCUCUAGAGCUGGAUCAGGAUCUGGCAACUAAAAAUAACUACGAUUUAUUUCUUACUUAAAGUGUGAACCAAAAAGUGUGUGUUUUAUGUUGUUGGUUUGUCGUGUGUGUGUACGAAGUUGAAUGAAUAAAAUGUCGUCGUAUGUUAUGUUUUGUUAAAGUUCAAAAAAAAGUUAUGUUUUGUUUGAGUCUGUAUCUUUCCAUAAAAGUCUAAAUUGUGAUAUAAUAUCUUUAAAUUUUGGAUCAGAGCAUCUGCAAUUGUAAUUAGGUAAUUCGAAUUUGGAACCAAGAAAGGAGACAAGCUUCGAACGAUAUCAAUAAAUCAAAUCAUGUGAUCACAAAUUAUAGUCCUUUUACUUCACAUGGUUAAACUCUUAAAUUGCAAGAACCAAAAACAACACUGUUCCGUCACUUUUUUUUGAACGACAAAUGCAUUAUAUUAGAAGAAAUUACGGUGCCGAAUACAUGUUAGACAGAGCCCUCUUUGCAAGAAGGUCAGCUGCCAUGUUCUCUGAGCGUGGAAUAUGCGAAAACGAAAUUACAGGGAGAUAACAAGUGAAAUUUUGGAUGUCCUGAAGAAUUCCAAAAAGUCCCUUGAUCGAGUCUUCCCCAUUGAUAGCUCUGAUGAUGAUCUGAGCGUCCGACUUGAAGACAACAUUGGUGAGGCCAAGCGCGUGGGCUUGGAAGAGCGCUUCUCUGAUUGCAAGACCUUCAGCAACUAGUGGUGAGGGCACGCAUUCCUCUGUUUUGCUACCUUGGUGUAAGACUCGUCCGGUGUAAUCCGUAAAAAUCCAAGCAAGGCCGGCCGUUUUUGAGUCCUCUCUCCAGGCAGCAUCGGUGUUCCGUCACUUAUGAAAGAGUUUCGUAUUUUUGUUAGUCCUAAUUCUCUAAAUUGAAUAUUACUGUAUAUUUAACGAGGUGCUCCACCUACGUAAUGAUUGUAUAUGAUUUGAAGUUUAUUGUUUUCAUAAUUUGUGUUUGUAUUAGAAGACACUAUUAAUAUACCAAGUUGUUGUCUACGUUCAAUCUAGAUGAACCAUUCCGAAUAUAAUGAUCAAUAUUUUGAUAUUAAAUUGCAACUGUGAUUAAAUUCAUUUAUUUCUGUAUGUAUCAAAACAAUCGACACAAAACCCAUAUAAAACGUUGUAAUCUUGGCGUCUCCGGGUACAUCUUGUUCUAGAAAACCUAAUAAAUUGAUAAAACUGUUAAAAGGAUCCAAGUUUUUAUUAAUAUUAAUUAUUGUUAUUAUAGUUUCAGAUUUACGAAAAAUAAAUGAAGCAAUCUAAUAUGAUUUAAGCAUGUUACAUAGCUUCAAG